GUUAUUAUCACGCUUUGCCGGCCGAACUUCUGUCCGGACGCCAUGUUAAUAGCUGCCGGUACCGGCCGAAUGGCGUGUCGAUUGUAUGCGGGUUAGUUUAUUGGUCCAGAGGGUGGCGACCGGCGAGGUGAUCACUAUUUUCCAUGGGGUCCAUUUUUGCUGCUAAGGCUACGGCUUCAAUCAUGUGCGCACGUGGAUCGUGCUGACACCAUAGGGGCGACGGUCUCUCAAAUACGCUGAGUCUCAGAAAAAGAUCACCAAGAAUCUGGGGAACGUCGUCCUGCGAUUGUAAUGGAUUGCCCAGACUUGAGCACCUUGAGAACCUCGGAUUUCUACAAGACUUGCAACCUCCCUAAAAGGUUCGACUAUCCCUCCUGGUUUUAUGGGUAUGGUAUACAGAAGUCGCCACAAGAACACCCAUUCUACAGGACCACGUCUAGUGACUACGGCAGACACCCGCCGACGAUCCACAGCGUUCCGACCUCCUUUUUCCCGAACAAUCAGGAAUUCAGCAAGGCGCUGGCCAAAACGGGAAUGUACAGAAAUUAUUCCCUCAACACCGGCCUUGAUCCUCACAUCUAAUGAAUACCUUUCGUUUCAUCCCGUCCUAUGUAAUGAAAUAUCAUCCGCCGUAUGCUUUCGUGAAAAGUCAAUAGAUGAUGGACGGUAACUGUGUGUUUCAUUCGUUAACAAUGGAAAACCUUUGAGCAACGCAAUCGAACAUCAGUGGACCACAAAGAAGACUUGUUCUUUGUUCAUGUAAAAUUUUUGAAAAUGCUUAUUUUCUUGUUCAGGAUGCGCCACAAGCAUAUUGUACAAAUCUCAUUACAGUAUCAUCAAAAAGCUGCUCACAACGUUGAAAUCCUUGGAGUGGAAAAUUGCUCAAUUCGGGUUGAAAUGGCAAAAAUAUAAUCAUUUAACAUAUUUCUCUUAAAGGAUAAAAGGCACCAUAAAAAUAUCCCAUACAAAAAUUGUGGAGAAUGCAAUUAUCUAUAAAAGUUGUUGUCAAAACCUUAAUCCUGAAAGAUUGAGGGUGGAAUAUGAAGAAAUAAAACGGC